AUGUCGACGCCAGCCGCGGGACUCAACGAGUACUCGGCGCGUCUGGCCACCUUCCAUACGCCGCACCAUCUGGAAAAACGACGCGCCAGCAAUGCAACCAAGACCAAGAAGAAGCAGCAGCAGGGAACGGUGGAAUGGCCGCAUGAAUUCCCCUCUCCCGAAGGUCUCGCACGCGCCGGAUUCUUCUACAAACCCGCCCACGAUUCCGAGGAUAAUGUCCAAUGCUUUUCCUGUCAUGUCAAACUGGACGGCUGGGAACCCGCCGACGAUCCCAUAAGCGAACAUCUCGCCCAUUCCCACGGAUGCGCCUGGGCGACAGUCAUCAGCGUCAUUCGCGAUGCCGAUUCCCAACAACCACCCGAGCAGCGCGAUCCUCUCUCGGAAGAAAUGGCGGGCGCCCGAUACGCCACCUUUCAAACCGGUAAUGGAUGGCCGCAUGAGGGCAAGAAGGGCUGGAAGUGCAAAAUCUCCAAAAUGGUCGACGCGGGAUGGGCCUGGGAUCCCAAUGAUGAGGGAGAGGAUGGCGAUGGAACCACGUGCUUUUACUGCGACCUCAGUCUGGAUGGAUGGGAACCCAAAGACGACCCGUUUGUCGAACACAAGCGACGCGAACCUGCUUGUCCGUACUUCGCCUUGCUGGAACACUACCACGGGCCAGAAAUCGCCGAUGGAAAGUCGAAAAAGGCCAAGGCACGCGGCAAGGCGGCUGCUGCUAGAUCUAGUACCGCGAGCAAGGCCAGUCGCAUGAGCGUCCAGAGUGUGCAGAGUGUACAAAGCGCGGUCAGUGAGAUGCCCAGCAUGGGUGGUAGCUUCGCCGAGCUGGGUGGAGACGACGAUCUGCCAGGCGCGGAUGAUAGUAUCGUUACCACUGCCACCACUGCUUCACAAACAACAAAAGGAAAGAAGAAGGCGGUCAAGGCAAAAGCCACGACAAAGGGUGCCAAGGGCAGGAAAAAGGUCGAUGUGGAGGAGGAUGCGAUCGAGGUCAAUUACCCCGAGCUGUUGUCUCAACCCGCACAAGACGAGGAUGAUAUUGUCAUCGCCCCGGCAAAGGCUACUCGCAAAGUAUCCAAACCAGCUUCACGACACAUCGACUCUUCAGUCGUGGAAAUCAGCCAGAUCGAUGUCGCUCCCCCGAAAAAGGCACCCAAAGGUCGCAAACCCAAGGUCCAAAAACAACCCGAGCCAGAACCCGAGCUCAAACAGGAAGAGAUCCCCCAAACCCCAGACGCAGAUGCCAUCGCUGAGAAGAGACUCAGUGAGAUUUCUGCACAACUCCAAGACGAGUUGGAUCACACGGUCGAAGACUACCCACUAGAUCAAUCGACUCCCGUCCAAGAGGCACCCAAACCAAAGCGAGGAGUGAAGCGAACUUCAGAUGGCGCGCGGAAACACCAAAGUUCCGACUCUAGUGCGUUCGAGGUCGAUGUCCCCGCGUUGUCAAAAGCACAGCCAGUGGUGAAGGCGAAACGAGGGAGGAAGCCAAAACAAGCUUCCACUGCAUCAACAGAUGCCGAGCAAGAAACUCAGCCUGUUGAAGAAGUCGUGGAUAUGGACACGGAUGUGAGCAUUCAAUCACUUGUGGAAGCCAUGCCAGAGCCACCAACGAAGAAGCCCAGAGGGAGACCAAAGGGCAAGAAGAACUCGGCAGCACGUUCAUCCCAAGCGUCGCUGGUAAACUCAUCAACUCUCGAGCCGGAAGCACAGCCAGACGAGCUGGAAUCACWCGAGAAUGAGCCCAAAGCGGUCCUGAAGAAGGCGAGAGGAAGACCCAAAGGCAGCAAGAACUCAUCUGCAAGGUCCUCUCAACUUUCACAACAAAUUGCGGACCCGGAAGAGCCAGCAGYGCAGCCAACAUGGCCAGACUUGCCAGUCGAAGAUCCAGCCCGGGAUGAAAUGGAGAUUGAAGCAUCCCUCGUGCGCAUUGCCUCGGAGCAGGCCUCCCACCAAGCCAUGGAGACCGAACAGGACCAUGUCGACGAGUACGAGACUUCACCUUCACAAGGUCGUCUCAGUAAAGACAGUGCAGAGAUUCAACAACUGCAGCAGGAGAUUCAUCAAGAAGACCUGACUUCUCUGGACAAGUCUCGCGGUGCUGACUCUGCCCCACGUCUAUCUUUGGGAUUGGAAGCCAACAGUACUGCUUUCACCUUUAGCCCGAGUGGCAGUGGCAAUGGCAGUGACAAGGAAAAUCAACCUUCUUCCCUCCUUCAACACUCUUCCACCGGCAAAUCAGUACGAAAGGAGAGUACAACACAAAAGGAGAGUGAGGCACGGGCAUUCAUGUCUCGUACAAAGACUACCAGAAUACCUCUCGCGCCCGGAACACCCAACCGCUCCCCAACCCGCGGCCUUCGCACCAGUCCCAGUAAAGCCGAAAUCUCCCGCCUGCAAUCAAAUGUCCCUUGGAAACCCGUCGACCUGGACACUGUCCUAUUGGGGAAUGGAGAUGUCAGUCCCGGACGUGUGGAGAGGGCGCUCGUCAUGGCUGCCGGGGGAGGGUUGAGUGAGCAGGAAAAGCGCAUGACGGUCGAGGAGUGGGUGAGGUGGAGAGCCGAGGUGGUCGAGGCGGAAUUGAGGAGGAAGUGUGAGGGUAUGGUGGGUGCGUUUGAGAGGGAGGGGUUGAGGGGGUUGGGUUGUUUGGAGGGGAUUGAGGUUUCGGGAUGA